AUGAGGCAGCCGAGCGAGCAGAGAGAGCACCCAGCGGGCCGCAGAGUGCAGGCCGGCCAGGCAGAGUGCGGGCCGGUCAGGCAGAGUGCAGACCUGUCAGGCAGAGUGCAGGCCGGCAAGGCAGAGUGCGGGCUGACCAGGCAGAGUGCAGGCCGGCAAGGCAGAGUGCAGGCCGGCAGAGUGCAGGCCGGCAAGGCAGAGUGCGGGCUGACCAGGCAGAGUGCAGGCCGGCCAGGCAGAGUGCAGGCCUGUCAGGGCAGAGUGCAGGCUGGUAGGGCAGAGUGCGGGCUGACCAGGCAGAGUGCAGGCCGGCAAGGCAGAGUGCAGGCCGGCAGAGUGCAGGCCGGCAAGGCAGAGUGCAGGCCGGUCAGGCAGAGUGCAGGCCGGUCAGGCAGAGUGCAGGCCUGUCAGGGCAGAGUGCAGGCUGGUAGGGCAGAGUGCGGGCUGACCAGGCAGAGUGCGGGCCGGCCAGGCAGAGUGCGGGCCGGCCAGGCAGAGUGCGGGGCCGGCCAGGCAGAGUGCAGGCCUGUCAGGGCAGAGUGCAGGCUGGCAGAGUGCAGGCCGGUCAGGCAGAGUGCAGGCCGGCCAGGCAGAGUGCAGGCCGGUCAGGCAGAGUGCGGGCUGACCAGGCAGAGUGCGGGCCGGCCAGGCAGAGUGCAGGCCGGCCAGGCAGAGUGCGGGCUGACCAGGCAGAGUGCGGGCCGGCCAGGCAGAGGGCGGGACCGGCGCUGA